UUGUGGUUGCACGCUGAGUGUUACUCGAAAUUAUGCACUGAAAACAGGAAAGCUGUCAACACCAUAUAAGCUCUCGAAAGCCUCUGAGGGAUAAGCUCCGUGCGUUUGUUCAAAAUGGAAAAACAGGCCGAUAUCUUCUAUCGCGAACUUCCAAAAGUGGAGCUCCACGCUCACCUCAAUGGCUCCGUCAGCUUCCAGACCAUCGAGAAGCUUAUUGCACGCAAGCCUCAUCUUAACAUCGAGCACAACAUGACCGCCAUCCGCAACGGCCAGCGAAGGACAAUGGACGAGUGUUUUCGAGUUUUUAAGGUGAUCCAUCAACUGGUGGACACAGAGGAGGAUAUUUUUAUGGUGGCCAAAGAUGUUGUGAAUGAGUUUGCAGCCGACGGAGUCAAGUAUUUGGAGCUCAGAAGUACACCAAGGGAGGAGAUAAAAACAGGACUGACCAAACGGAGAUAUGUAGAGACUGUUCUUGAAGCCGUCAAGCAAUGUAAAGGCGACGGCGUAGAUAUUGAUGUCAGGUUCCUAGUUGCAAUCGAUCGAAGGAACGGAACUGAGGUUGCGAUGGAGACUGUGAAACUGGCGGAAGACUUCAUGCUGUCCACAGAUGGCUUAGUGGUGGGGCUCGACCUGAGUGGAGACCCAACGGUGGGCCAUGGCAGAGAUCUACUCCCGGCCCUGGUGAGGGCCAAGAACUGUGGACUGAAGCUUGCGCUCCACCUGUCAGAGGUCCCCUCCCAGUUGGAGGAGACUGAGCUGCUGUUAACUCUUCCUCCCGACAGGAUCGGCCACGGCACGUUUUUGCAUCCCGACGUAGGCGGAUCUCAGACCCUGGUUGAUGCAGUGGUGAAGAAUAACAUACCACUGGAGCUCUGCUUGACGUCUAAUGUCAAGGGUCAAACGGUGCCAUGUUACUCCGAACAUCACUUCAAGUUCUGGUAUCAGAUGGGACAUCCUAGUGUGAUAUGCACUGACGAUAAGGGAGUCUUCAGCACCGAUCUAUCUCAGGAGUAUGAGCUGGCAGCGACCACGUUCGGGCUGAGCCAUGAGGACGUGUGGAAGCUCUCCCAGCAAGCCAUAGAUUGUACUUUUGCCCCAGAGACCCUGAAGCAGCAGCUGAAGCAGAGGUGGAUUGACCUACGACCUCGUGUUUUCCGAUGACAUGUCAUGGAGUCCUGCCCAACGCCAUUUUAACCUCUGUCCAAACUUUUUAUUACAGAAAAGGGAAUUUGAUUCUCAUAGACAUUAAUGAUAGGCAAUGCUCUGAGGAGUUAUGGUACCAGUCAAUCCUUUCGUACAAAUUUCCUUUGUUUUUUAUGGUUUAUGUAUGUGUAUUCUGUGUAUUAGUUAUUGGACAACAGCGCAAACAUUGCUCCACGAGUGUAUAAAAUAUAUAAGUUCAUUGGUCCAACAUCAAAA